AUGGUUGUCCAAAUGGUCUCAGUCACUCUCAAAACAGAAGGUUCCGUGCUCAUUCCCAACGGACCUAAAAGAUAUCUCUUUUGCUCAUUAGUUAGUGAAAGUAAAAGUCCCCAUUUGUGUUCAAUUCAAUGGUGCUCUUCUCUUCUCUCACUGAAUAAGGAGCUAACUUUUCAAGUUGGACCUUUGUUGGUUCCCUUUGGUUUUAGGUGUUAUCUUCUAAAAGUAUGCAUUCUGAUCAGGAGAUGCAAGAUCAGAGAACUAAUUCUGGAAUGGAGGAUUCUACUACAAAGACUGUUGAAUUCCUUCGGGCACGGCUGUUGUCUGAAAGGUCUGUAUCAAGAAGUGCAAGACAGAGAGCUGAUGAAUUGGCCAAAAGGGUAGCAGAGUUGGAGGAACAACUAAGGAUUGUGUGUCUUCAAAGAAUGAAGGCUGAGAAGGCAACAACAGAUGUUCUUGCUAUUUUGGAGGGUAAUGGGAUUAGUGACAUUUCUGAGACAUUUGAUUCAAGCUCUGAUCCGGAUACACCUUACGAAUCCAAAGUGGGUAAUAGAUCCUCUAAAGAAGAAGAGAAUUCUGUCAGUUCAAAAAUUAGAAACAAUGAGACACAAGAACUUUCAGGUUCUGACAUUGAAUUUUCUUCAGUAACUGGUAGAAGCUUGUCUUGGAAAGGUUGCAAGGAUAGUUCUUGUUAUCUUGAAAAAUACAAGGAUACAUCUCUGAGAAGACGGAGUAAUUUUUCAUCUGUUGGUUCUUCUCCAAAACAUUGCCCAGGAAAGUCCUGCCGCCAAAUAAGACGCAAAGAAUCUAGAUCUGUAGCUGAGGAACUUAAAGCCAACCCUGCCAAGGUUGAUGCUAUUGAAGAUGAGGUUGCUAUCACUUCAGAAAAUUUUCCAAAUUGCCCAGAUGUUAAGCCUGGGAUUUUCGAAGGUGUUGUUGAAAGGGGGGAAGAUAAAAUGUUACUGGGGGACUCACUUUCAAGCUGCUUAGGAAAUGGCCAAAACAUGAGUAGUAAUGGCAUUGAUUAUAAUGUGUAUGGAGGAGACAGAGACAUGGAAAAGGCACUUGAACACCAGGCACAACUUAUUGGCCAAUAUGAAGCAAUGGAAAAGGCUCAAAGAGAGUGGGAAGAGAAAUUCAGAGAAAAUAACAACAGUACACCGGAUUCAUGUGAUCCUGGGAACCACUCAGAUAUCACCGAGGAAAGAUAUGAGAUCAAGGGGCCGGCUACAAACCCUGCUAUAACAAUUGCCUCCCAAACAAAUGAGUUGAGGUCAGAAGUUGCAGAUUUCAACAAAAUUCAGCCCAAUGGCUUUCUAUCAUCUUCACAUGUUGAUGUGGCAAGCUUGCAGGAAAGAGAAAGCAGUAGCAUGCCUGUUUCCAACUCCUCAACUCAAGACUUUGCAUUCCCCAUGGUCAAGGGCAAGCAAAAUCAAGAUAGCCCUGGAAACAACUAUCAUCCACCAUUGCAUGUUCCCCACCAUGAUUCAGUUUCACAUGGUUCACAUUAUUCCCCUGGUAGCCAAUAUGUAUCCAGCCUUCCAUCAAAUACAAGUAGUAGUCUCAGUAAAUUGAAAGAUUCUGGGGGCCAAAAUGAACUUUAUGCAUUGGUGCCACACAGAACAUCUAAUGGGGUGGGUGGUGUGCUAGAGGCACUUAAAGAAGCAAAGCAAGCACUGCAACAGAAAUUGCCAUUAGUAGCUGCAUCCGUUGGAAAAUCUGUUGAACAUUCUGUGCCCGCUACAAUGCCUAGGGAUAAAGGACAGAUUCCUGUUGGAUGCGUUGGACUGUUCAGAGUACCAACUGAUUUUUCAGUUGAAGCCAAUGCUCGAGCAGACUUCAUUAGUUCAAUUGCCCGGUUAAGUUUGGGAAACUAUUAUCCCAGUACAGGAGUUCCUGCAGCUGUCAGCAAUCCAUUUGUCUCAAGCCCUUACUUGGAGAGUAGGCCAAACUUGUCUACCGAGGAUCAAUUUCUUACCAGCCAAUAUGUUGGUGGAUCAAGAAUCCCAACUCAGAAGCCUUAUUUUGAUCCUUACUUGGACACUGGUUUACCUUCUUCAAGUAGAUACACUUAUCCCAAUUAUCCCAUCAAUACUUCCUAUCCAGACCUGAUGCCUCGGAUGCCUGCUAGAGAAGCACCGUCGGCAUCAGUUCCAGGUAGAACUGUCGGGGUAACUAAUUUAAAUCACUUUUCAUUCAUUGAUGACAAUAUUAGACCAAACACAUAUAGACCGUAGCUUGCCAUUGAAAUUCUGUAGGUUUUCUGGAGGUAGCCCUACCAACGUUUCAGAAUAGUGAUUUUGUAGUAUAAUAGGGAGGUCACUACCUUAGGGUAUGUAUUUGUAUUGUUGUAUUAUCUGUUGGGAUAUAUGAAUUGUAAAGAGGUGAGAUUUUACUUGUGUUUCUAUUUCUCA